AUGGACGGAAACGAAGCUUCGUCCUACUACCAGCCGUCGUCGCCCGGUCACUUUCCGGUGACCUACUAUCAACAGACACUUCCACACCCACCGCUGCCGCCGCCGCACGUCUAUAUUCCACGUCAUCAAGUUUCUCCCACUCCUUAUACCCCUUCGUAUGGCGCAUAUUCUUCGAGCGAUGCCGUCUGCAUUCUCUUCGUCGCCAGCCUUCCAGACGACGUUAAGCCCCGAGAAAUCUACAAUCUGUUCCGUGAGUUCCUUGGUUAUGGGUCCUUCCACCUUCAAAGCUCUGGCGAUGGAAAGCCAUCUUCAGUUGCAGCAAUUCAUGCACUGAAUGGAAUGGUUUUUGAUCUUGAGGAGGGCUCAACCCUGUAUAUUGAUCUUGAUAAAUCGAAUUCUAGAUCCAAACGUUCAAAAGGUGAUGAUGAACGGUCCGGCUUGGACAAGAAAGUUAAAAGAUUUUAUGUGGAUUCAACAGUUGCCACUGACUCAGGUCUUGGCGUAGUUCACUUGCCUGGAACGACUAUUUCUCACCACAACACGAUUGGUUAUCCAUCUGCACUAAGUCAUGAGAGCUUUGACGCCAGAGCUCCUACUUAUUCAAUAUCUUCAAAAUUAACGAAUUCUUCGGUGCCCCCAUGUCCUACACUAUUUUUGUCCAACCUGGGGCCGCAGUGCAGAGAGCAUGAACUAACCCAAGUUUUUUCAAGAUGGCGUGGGUUCUUGAAGCUGAAAGUGCAGAGCACAUACGGGCCACCAGUUGUGUUUGUAGAUUUCCUGCUGCAUAUAGAGAUCCAGUUUCCCACUCCUUGA